AACGCAACGUUGAGUGGCACGCACAAAACAGAUCUUACUUAUUGAAUAGGUGGUUGUCCACUUUAAUUUUAGAAUAGGCCUUGAAGUCAUCAGGCAUGAGCAUGAUGGGAAUCUGAACGUGGCUCAACUCAUUUAUCUGCAGGGGGGGGAGAAAAACAAAGCGGAGGAUCAGUGAUGAGGUAAGAACUGCAAUCAUUUACAUAUAGCACGUAUUGAUUAGUAUGUAAAUCUGCAAACACACGUUGAAGGGGGCUUUUCAACUCUUGCCGGACCUCCUGAAAACACGCACAGGUUUCUAUGAAGAAUAAAAGAAAAAUGGGCUGCCUGCUCCUCACAAACCAGAAACGUCAUGCCUUGCAGGUCAGCUGACUUUUUCUUGAGUUGCUGUUAAUGACUGACAGUAACCUAAAUGAGUGCUCCAGUUUCUUUGUGUGCUUUUCCAAAGCUGCAUUAUCCGCUCAGACGGCUUUGGUUUCUUCCUUGCAGGAUAAUAUGUCUGAUUAAAGGAAGUCAAAGUUGUUCAAGUCAAACGUCUUCCUCUGUGACUGCUUCACACUUGACAAAUAUUAACAUGCCCUGAAUGUCACCCUGAGGAAAACCGAAUUAGAAUCAGGAAUACAAUUUGCUAGUAUGCCCGUGGAUAUUCUCGUUCAACCUGCUCCCGGUAAUUUACUAAAGGUUAGAUCCAGACAAUCGGACUCUUCUUCUUUGUUGAAAAGAGCGUUUGCCUCAGGAUAACCUUUGCGGACUGGUGUGACAGGCACCGACAAAGAGCAACGCUAUUUCAUCCGAUGCAUCUUGGGUAACGUGUGGCGACGUCACACGGCCGCUGACAAUGCCUCCUCUUAUUUUAGAGGCGCACACAUCUGCUAGGACACAACAAUGAAUGUUCAUCCAUGUCGUUCUUAGUAGUGAGGAAAACGGAACUUUUUCUUUCAAAUCAACCGGUUUAAUCGGAGCUCUUCAUUCCCCGACGACUAUCACACUCGCAGACUCAUUUCGUGCCACCACGUCCUGUUUGUCUCCAUGGUGAUGAGAACGAGCUUUCCGGCCCAGAGUGAAGAAAGUAUGUGCGAUUGCUCCAUUGGACAGGAAGCAAAUGACAUAAUGGGGAGGAGAGAUCAAAUAAACGCGACUAGUCAUGAGGCUUUAAACACGAUCGGAGCACGUCAAGUCGCAUUCAAAACACCAGCAAGUGCAGUUCUUCUCCUCGGAUCUCAGGAAGUGGAUAUUUUAAUCAAAGCAUGUCAAGCAAUUUAUGAAUUUGCAGAGGAAGGCGAUUCGAACAAGGUUUAUCUGACCGAGGAAGGGGCAUUGGGGCCUCUCAGUCAGCUCAUCACGCAUAGCAACAGAAAGAUCAGACGCAACGCCAUCAUUGCACUCGGCGUCAUGGCCACCAACAGUACAGCCAAGAGUGCCCUGCUAAACAUUGAUGUUAUUCCAUCAAUUAUUGACAGACUAUCACUGGAUGAUAUCGCUAUCCAAGAAUUUGGGACCCUGUGCCUUUCUGCUCUGUCCAUGGAGUCGUGCUGUCAGGUGCAGAUCAUCGAAAACAAUGGUGUGGCACGAUUAGUCAACCUCCUCUCUAGUGCUGACCCAGAUGUUCAGAAGAACUCCCUGGAAACCAUCUUCAACUUGAUUCAGGACAUGCAAAUUUGCCCAGCUUUCAUCGAGUUAAAUGGGAUACGUGGACUCCUCGCGCUGCUGAAGUCAGAAUUUAAUGCCAUUCAGCUCCUGGCUUUAAAAACAUUGCAGCUAAUCGCUGCUUAUGAAGACUCACAAAGCGCCUUCAGGGAAGAACGGGUAUUUGAUGACCUCAUAGAGAUCCUCAAUAAUAAGGAGAUAGUUGACCUACAUGAAGAGACGAUGCUAGUACUUUCCAAUUGCAUGAGUAACUUAGAAAGUUUCCGGAUGAUCCAGAAAGGAGGAGGCCUUUCUCUGCUGUUGGAGCAUCUUCUCAAAUUGCCCGAAAACCAGGCAGUCUUGCAGAAAAACGGCAAUACGGAAAUUCAAGCCAUUGCUCUCAAGUGCAUCGCGAGUGCUUCUCAGAACCCUGGAAUUCAACCAUAUUUGAACGAGCAGAGGAUUGAGAAGAUUCUGGUCGAUCUCCUGACUGGGGGCAGCGAUAGUGUGAAAGUGUAUGGUUGCCAUGCCUUUGCCUUCUUGAGCUCCUUCCAGCCUAGCAAAGACCUCUUCAGAGAUUUAGGUUGCAUACCUGUUAUGGUUCGCUUGCUGAAGAGUAGUAAGUGUCCAGUCAUCGUAGAGCAUGCUCUCCAGGGCCUCGUCAAUCUCACAUCCGGAGACCAGUUCAAUACUAUGGAAAUAUUUAAUGCCGGAGGACCCGAGAUACUUGUGCAGGAGCUAGAAGAAACGUGUCCUAAAGUGGUGGCCGAUUCCAUAACGUUACUCGGCAGGAUGGCGGGACAGGAAGCCAUCCGCUGUGAAGUGAUAGCACAUGGAGUCGUGCCAGCCUUGGUGGAGCCCUUGAAAUGGGAAGACACCCAAGUCUUGAUUAAUGCCUUGCUCUGCAUUUGCGAGCUGGCGUUUGAAGAUGACGCCAGAACACAACUGCGAGAGGCCGAAGGUAUCGAACCCAUGGUCAAUUUACUACGUUCCAGUCACAUGGAGGUGUUGCGUAGCGCAUGUAUGGCAGUCAGUGUUUGCGCCAGGGAUGAGCCUACAGCUAUGGAGAUGUGCAAGUUUGGAGCCUUGGAAAUCCUUCAAGAAAUCAGCCAGUCGGUAAAUCGUAGGAACAAGUUCACAGAGUUUGCCUUGACUAGUAUGCUGAAAUACAACGUUUCACUCAAAUACGGUCUGCUCGGAUAUUUGGUCUCUACUGAUGUCAUCACAUACGGCUUCUAUGAUACUGGGAAGGUUGGUUUUUGUCAGAAGGUUUUGACUUUUGAGGAACUGUGCAUGGAACCAGUAAACCAACUACGGCCCGUCAUAUUUGUCAACGCAAUCGAGAUGAGCGACGAAGGCCAACAAAAAGAUGAGGCCCAUCUAGAGUCUAGUCAAGAGAGAAAUCGUAAAUUGAUGGAUGACAUGGCAUUAUCGCUUCUAGUUAAAGAGGUCAAAGAGUCCAUUGAGCCUUUGAAUGGAGAACAGGAACAAUAUGUUGCUUUGGCCAGGUUUGUCACUGAAAUCAUGGGUGGAGCCAUUGAAAAGGAAAAUCUGGACACGUUUCCAUGGUUACAGCAUCUGGAAGAACUCAAGUGUAAACUGCAGUGUAAUGUAAUCCCUAUUGGCAUGAUCACAAAAGGAUUUUAUUGCCACAGGGCACUACUUUUCAAGUAUUUGGCUGACGGCAUUGGCCUGAAGUGUACCCUGGUGAGAGGUGAAUACAACCGAGCUUGGAAUGAAGUUCUACUCUACAAGGCCGAUUCCUGCAACAUUGAAAAUGUCUCACAGCCAUGUUGCUACAUUGUAGACCUCAUGCACCAGCCUGGAAACUUCAUGGAGGCUGAUAGCACUGCUGCGUUUGAAUAUGAAAGCUUAUAGAAGCUAGGAACUAACUUGUGUCAUAAUUUCUUUAGUAUUUCUACAUUAAAAUAAAAAAAAAAACACCCACAUAUGUUCUAAUGUUUUUAGU